GCGGCGGACUGGGGAAGGCGGGCAUUGUUCGGGGAUUCCCUGCACGUGGGCGAGUCGAUCGUCGCGUGCAAUCAAUUUCCUGACAAUUCCUGUGGCUGCUUCUCGCCACCGCUGGCCUCCGUCGCCGUCACGCUCCUGCUUCACCUCGCUGCCGCAAGGCACCUGAACACCAACGACUCUGCUGAGCUAGUUCCGCGAGGGUAUCAUCAUGCCUAAAGCCACCAAAAAGCAAAAAGACAAGGCCGCCGACUUCUCUAAAGCAAAACUAAAAUUAGGCAAGGGCAAGAAAGCACCCACCAAUGUUGUAGACACCUCCUACAAAGCGCGCUCCAUUGCAUUGCCCACGCAGAGCAUCGUGCAAUCCAAGGACUCGGAGGCACCUACGACCAGAAGGAGGCUAACAUUCGACGACCUCAUUGCGCAGCUCAAGCACUACAACGUCGGGACACGGAAAGAUGCGAUUCUCGGACUCCGGGAGCUACUUGACGGAUACCCGACCUUGAUCCAAACUCAACUCCCCUCGCUCGUCAGCAAUUGCACUCGGCUCAUAGCGGAUGAGGAUGCAUCCGUUCGGCGUACACUGCUCUCAUUCCUGGGAUGGCUGUUGCCUCAGAUCCCGCAAGAGGAUCUAGUGCCUCAUUCCCCCGUCCUCCUGCUGUUCACUACCUCCGCGCAGACCCACAUAUUUCCCGAGAUCCGAAUAGAUGCUAUCCGCUUUCUGGAUCUCUUCCUCGAGCACAUCCCAGACAUUGUCACCGAGGGCUGGGCGCAGAGCAGUGGAAGCCAUGGAAGAAGAGUCUUGGAAGGAUACCUCGGUGUUCUGAACGCUGGCACCAUUUUUGGGGAGGGGGGAGACACAGGCCCGGUCCAAGCAACAUCAGUUGCGAGUGUCGUGCUCUCAGCUUCGUCGAAGCUCGUCGUUCUCAAGUCAUUAUCAUCCUUCCUGAACUGCGCGUUGUCCACACCGUCUGCAUCGAACCACGCAGGGCCUUCCUCUUCGACAUGCUCAAUCCCCACAUGGUUUUUGUCAUCCUCCUUCACCUCUUCCGAAGCAUUCGAAACCUUUGACUCAUUACUGAAGCCAACAUUACCCGCACGGGGCAUCCUACCGCAUGAAAAAUGGAAGGAAGAAGUGGACAUGGAACUCAACUUCGAGUCCUUCUAUGGCGACUUCCGUCGAGCUUUCGCUCCGAUAAACGAAGGGUGCUCGCUGCAAGAGUUGUGCGACAUCGACGUAGCUGCGAGCGGCCAAUCGUCUGACUCCUCCGCUCGCACGUCUUUCGUUGUGCAUCUCGCUCGGACUCUCCAUCCAACAUUGGUCUCGACGUUCCUCGAUUGUGCACCGGCUGUGUUCUCGCCGAGCGGAGGUCCUCCAGAGACAGAGUUGCAGAUGGUGCAGGCAGUCGGCGAGAUAUGUCGCUGUCUCUACGGGGCCAUACUCCGUGAACCGCCAAAUGCGACCAAGGCGUAUUCCACCGCCAUAGAAGACCUUGGUACCAUCUUAGGUUACUUCUCGCCCUACUUCCCUUUUACGGCUGGCGGAACCGCGCUCGCGAAGCGCGAUAUCAAAGUCGAGCAGGCCUUCCAAGACCUCAACCUAAUCUACUGCGAGCUCACCUCCUACCUCGUCCUCGCCGCCCCGCACACCCCAGGCGCGCCCCCGCCACAGAACGCCGGCAGUCACCGACGGCAGAAAGCACCGCGCGCCUCCGCGCCCGCGCAGACUCUGCGGGCAUCGCGCGUGAGCGAGUACGUCGUGCAGCUCUUGCGCGGGGAGACGUCCGGGCCCGGCGCCUUGGCACGGCCCAUCAGUCUCUCCGCGUACUCGGCGCUCCUUCCGACCAUAUGGUCGCUGCUCACCAGCGAAGCCAGCGGCGGGGGGGAGGGGCCCGUCCUGCGCGUGCUCGUCGAGCACGCCAUGAAGGCCGGAUCAACGUCCGCCGUGAAGCGCGCCACCAUCGACUUCCUCGGCCGGCUCGUCCUCCUCGAACGCGAGGCGGAAUACGUCGGCGCGUGGCGCGUCGGGCGCACUGAGGCGGACGACCGGCGGCUCGAGGACUGGCUCCUGCACCUCGCGCAGACCCUCUGGGAGCUCGGCGCGAGCAGCCUGCCCACGACGGAGACCAUCCUCCGCGUCUUGCUCCGGCUCUGUCAGCGCAAAUCGCCGCUAGUGCGCGAUCAGGUCGUGUUCGCCCUCCGCUCGCGCAUGGUGCCCUUUUUCAUCGUGAACCACCCCACCAAGGGGAGGCUGCUCGGGCCAUUCGCACGGUUGCUGUCUGCACCGUUGCGGCGCCUUGUGCUUGACGUCGUUGCCACCCUGGAAGGGCAGGACACGGACGGGUUGGAGAGCGCCGUCAACGAGGCAGUUACGGGCACGGAGGAGGAAUCGUACUGGGCGUCGUUGAGUGUACCGGUAGUUGCUAAGUAGGACGUGCGGUACCAUCUCGAAGCUGCGAGCACACGGCUUGUCGUGGCAAUGUAUUGUUAGCAUCAGAUGUGCACACCGC